GAACUAAAAUUCGCGCACCAUUCAGCUUCCCAUCCCCCAAAUAAAAACAUAUCUAGGGUUGCUCCUCCGGCUGUCCCCUUCCGCUUGUCGUCCUCUCUCCUCCGAGAAGAUGAAUGCUGUUGCGUCGGAGGAGGCGGGCGCGGCGGCGGUGACCCUGGAGGAGCUGAGGAAGAAGAUGGCCGACUUCGCCAGGGAGAGGGACUGGGAGCAGUACCACAGCCCGAGGAACCUCCUGCUUGCUCUGGUGGGUGAGGUGGGAGAGCUCUCUGAGAUAUUCCAGUGGAAAGGGGAGGUGCCCAAGGGGCUGCCCGGGUGGGAAGAGAGGGAGACGGAGCACCUCGGUGAGGAGCUCGCCGACGUGCUCCUCUACCUCGUCCGCCUCUCGGACAUGUGUGGUGUCGACCUGGGCAAGGCCGCGCUGCACAAGAUCGACCUCAACGCUCGCAAGUACCCCGCCGGGCCAGGCUGCAGGCCAUCCAAGAAGGGCGCUCACUGCUCCGACGACACCGGUGACCGCCCCGAUGAUUGCGGCGACGUGGUGGCUGCCGUCCACACCAACGAGAUCAAGAAGGAACAUGCUAGCUAACAACGCGUCCUGAACCCUGAAACGUGUUGGUUCACCACUCUGAAUUCUGCCUUGCCAUAGGCAAGCAUCUGGCUCACUGUCUAGUUCAAUCAUUUCGUUGGUUAGCAAUGUGAUCAGAACACCUGGUUUUCGUUAAUCAAAAGGGUUGGAUUUGCCUGCUCCA